GAUAAUCAUGGUGAGGUCCAGGGUGAAGUUAUCACUCAUACCUGACAAAACAUCAAGGAGAACAACGUUCAAGAAGAGGAAGGCAGGGUUUAUGAAGAAACUCAACGAGCUUGUGACUCUCUGCGGCGUCAAAGCAUGUGCGGUCGUCUACAGCGAUCAAAACGAUACGAACCCGGAGGCUUGGCCGUCAAGGGCAGAAGCUGGGGAGGUGAUUUCCAAGUUUAUGGAGUUUCCGGAGGUGGAAAGGGACAAGAAGAUGUACGACCAAAAGAGGUACACGUUGGAGAGGAUCAGCAAAGAACAAGCGACACUCCAGAGGCUGCAAGAGGAGAACCGAGAGUUUGAACUUAAAGAGAUUAUGUUCAAUCUUAUCAAAGGGAAGAGGAUGAUGCAGCAUCAUUCUAAUGAUGCAAGUUUUCUUUAUGAUCUGACUAAGUUCAUUGACUUUAAUGUCAGUGAGCUAACUAAGAGGAUCCAUCUGCUUCAGGCUAACGGUGAGCCAAUUUCGUUUCUUCCUCUUGAUGACGGUGAUGUGGAUGCAGCUCAUCCUGCUGUUGGGGAUGUGAAUCCUAUUGCUGGUGCAGAUGUUGCUGCCGUAAGGAUGCCUUACGGAUUUAACUUUGAUCAUAUUCAAAAUAUGAAUAUGAAUGUGAACCAACAAGCUCCUGCAUAUCAUAUUCCAUAUCAGAAUAUGAAUCAGCAAGAGUUGUUUCGCAACCAGGUUCCAACUAACUUUUCUGGUCAUGUUCAAUAUCCGAAUAUGAUGAAUUAUCCAGAGCAGUUUCAAUACCAAGUGCCUAAUAAUGUUUAUGAUCAUAAUAAACAUGGAUUCUAUGGUUUGAACCAGGGUAUGGGUUUGGAUUUGGAUCCUAAUCUGAGUGAGAGUUUCAAUCAGUAUCCAAAUCUACAUGAUCAACCGUGCAUGAACCAAUGGAUGGCACAACCACAGCAGACGAGUUAUGCCGAAGAUCUUGCAACCCUUGCUUCCAUGGAUGACGACUACAACAACUACCAUCAACUACCAAGCACCAGUUACAUGCCUCCCAUGGAUCUUCCUGCUCCUAACACCAACAACUUGCCUACUAGGUUUGGUUUGGAUUGAGUUUUGUUAUUGUUUGCAUUUGUCAGUUUUUCAUAUUAAAAGAUAACAUUAUAUAUGAUGUCUUUUCUAAAAUA